UUUAUUGCGUAUAAUGGGCGGCUUUGAUGCGUCUAGAAUAUUACCUUAUUUGAGCCAAUCACGCUGAGUAUGUGGAAUGAAGUAGGUGUAUGUCGAAAUUGCAAUUUUUUAAAAGUUGACGAUGAGGCAUCCUGUGCUGCAACUAUACGCGCAAUGUCUGCGCUCAGCACGUCGCUGCCCGCAGUGGGAGCAGCGCGAGAUGAUGAAGACAUAUGUAAGAAUGAAAUUUCGAGACGAAGUAAACACACAAAAUCUGGAUCGAGUGCAGACGCUGCUAGCGGAUGGUUGGGAGGAGCUUAACCGCAUGAACUAUUAUCAUUCAAUCUACGAGGCGAAGCAGAGAGAGCAAACUACGCCUUCGGUAGCAGGCCCUGCGGUUGUGAGUAAAUCUCAGCGACCAUUUAUUUGUCUCAAGUGCCAAGCCACGUAUUCGUCAGAGCAGGCCAAUUUCUGUGCUAAUUGUGGUACAAAGCGACCUACAGACGAAACUCAUCAAUACAGACAAUUCUGAGAAGUCGAUCCAUCCAGAAAAUUGCAGCAUCCUCGAAAAGGUCAAUGCCGUCAUCUUGAUAACGAGGAAUUUCUUUCUUGGUGUAUGUUGCUUUUUAAGCUGAAGUAUCUGUAUU